CNCUCUCUCUCUCUCUCUCUCUCUCUCUCUCUCUCUCUCUCUAAAUCUAUAUCUGUAUGCGUAUGGCUCGGCAAGUAUCAUCACAGCAGGCAGCAGCGAGCGUGCCAUCUCGGUCUAUGCAAGUAUGGGGAGCUGUGAUGGAUUGGCUCUCCUUUCUCUUUCAAAUAUUCCUUCAGAUCAUCCCUUCCUUGCUUCACAUCCUCUCUUCUUCUUCUCCUCCUUCCUUCAAGCCCUUGCCUGUCGCCGAACUCCCUCUCGCCGAAUCAUCGCCGUCUGCGCAAGUUAGCAUCGGCAACGUAAUAAACGACGACGCCGUCGAACGUAGCGAAGGUCAUAACAUAGACAAGCUAACGGUGGUUCUUGAUUUAGAUGAGACCCUAGUCUGUGCAUAUGAAAAAUCCAGCUUGCCUGCUGCAGUUCAUACCCAAGCAACAGAAGCUGGGUUGAAGUGGUUUGAGUUAGAAUGUGUAUCUUCGGACAAGGAAUGCGAAGGAAAGCCUAAGGUCAGUUAUGUAACAGUCUUUGAGCGACCUGGUUUGCAUGAGUUCUUGGAACAGAUUGGUGAAUUUGCUGACCUUGUUCUGUUUACUGCUGGUCUUGAAGACUAUGCUAAACCCCUUGUCAACAAGAUAGGCAUAGAAAAUCAAUUUCGCCUUUGCCUUUAUCGACCUUCAACAGUUAACACGAAAUUUCAAGACCAUGUGAAGGAUCUGUCUUGUAUAUCAAAGAAUCUCUGUCGAAUUGUUAUUGUUGAUAACAACCCUUUCAGUUUCCUGCUGCAACCACUUAAUGGUAUACCAUGCAUUCCGUUCUCUGCUGCACAACCAUAUGAUGAGCAGCUAUUGAAGGUCCUCCUUCCACUCCUCAAGCACCUCUCUGUGCAGAAGGAUGUCAGGCCUGUACUCUAUGAAAUGUUUCACAUGCCAGAAUGGUUUCAAAUGCAUGGAAUCCCUGCAUCUGUUUUACCGGUUUAAAAUGAAGUUAUACAUGGGCGAGCUAAUUCUUUUCAAGGCACCUGCACUGAUCACAUUUCAUGUGGCUGCACUCAUUCACUAAACCUGUUUGUGUUGUAUAUUAUCCUAGUGUGAACAGGUGCCAUUGACCAAACUACUGAUUCAUCAAUUUCUUGCAAGGGUGGUUGCUGUAUUCAUCUGGGGUAUAUCCGUUCAAGAUAUAUAAAGUAUGUUCUUGCUCCAAUUCUUUCAUAAUUCCUUUCCCUAUUGGGCGCAUGUAAGAAAUUAUUGAUAGCAAAUUGUUUCUAAUAGCAGCUCCAUUUAGUUAUCACUAGCCUGCAGAUUCUUACCUGCUAUGUUGGCUCUAUCCUCUUGUUACAAUUAGCUGCCAUCAA